UCAGCGACGUCGUAUUGAACCCUAUCUUCAUCUUCUCCAAUUUUCUCUGCAUGAAGACUGAACUCUGAACACUAUCGACUCUGUAUAUUCUUGCAGCGAAGGGGAUCAUUGGAAAAGACGAGAAUGCCCACCAUGUCUACCUUCAGAUUCUCAAUUCUUGCACCUCCACCACUUUCAGUUCCAAGAUUGUUUCCCCCCAGAAGCCCGUCAAUUUCCAGGAAAUUCCCACCUCGCCCACAUCUUUUCUCCUCAGUUGCCAGCUCAAGAAGGACAUUUUUCCACUCAAAGUCAUCUGAAGAAGAAUCGGAUGUCUCGGAAGCAGAGGAUGAAUGGCUGCAGAAAUUACCAGAAAAAAAGAAGGCUUUGUAUUCUCACAGUUUGCCGUGUGUUGAAGCAUGGCUGAAGAGUCUAGGAUUUCAUCAGAGUAGAGAUGAUAGAGCUGUCUGGUUUGUGGAGAAUCCUGAUUGGCAUGCACAGCUUUCACUUGAUGUCACUGAUUUGUACAUAAGGUAUCUGAAGAAUGGACCAGGAAAUCUUGAGAAAGAUGUUGAAAGGAGAUUUAGUUACGCCCUAAGUAGAGAAGAUAUCGAAAAUGCCAUACUCGGAGGACCAUGAGGUUGAUAACCCAUUAGUUUGUGUGGUUUCUUUUAACCGACCUCCCACAAAAUUAUUCUCCUACAAGACUUUGAGUGGGGUCUGCGUUGCCACCUGAAUCACCCUCUCGUUGAAGUUGUCAGUUUAUCACCACAUAACUAAUAGUAUAAUAUUGAAGGGAGGAAAUAUUAAUAUGAGUAGAACUUUAUUUUCUGUGUGUUGCCAUUUUGCAUUUGGUUCUUGCUGAAAUUGAACUUCUGUGAAUGGUCUGAGAACUCGUGCACCUACUGUCAUGGAAGUUCUGGAAACCACAACUGAAAAACCAGCAGAAUUGUAAACAGGAAAAAUCUCACUUCAUGCUGGUAGAUUCUCUUGGACUUUUCCAAAUUCACUUGCAAUGAAUUGUAUUAUCAAAGUUGGAUCACUCAGAUUUUUCAGUAGAGCUUUAGCCUGUAA